AUGCAAGCCUAUCACAGUUUCGAAUACACUUUACAAACAACUGGCAGGUAUUGCAGUAGCAAGAAAUGAUAACUACACCCUAAAUAUAGCAAGUCGUCUUUAUGUACGCGAAGGCUUUCAUACAAAAGAUAGCUUUCAAAGAGUGCUUCGUUAUUAUCAUUACAACGAGACAUUACAUAAAUUCAAUCUCGAGCAGAAAGAUGAACUUAUUCAGGUAUGA